GAUGAGGUGACUUUAUCGCCCGGAAAAGGGAGCUUAAACAGGCGGCGAGACCCACUUAAGACUGACGGUCUCAUGUCCGCGGAGACCGUCCAUCCUCCGGGUGGGCCAGCGGGGGCGGACGGGAUCCCACAGCCGGAGACGAGCCCCCUUCUGCUGGACAUCAGCCCCGAUGCCUCUGAUGCCGACGCAUCGGGAUCGUCUUCCAGUCAUGUGAACCAGGAGAAUUACUCCAAGCCUGUAAGAAAUGCCUCUGAAUCCAAGACCUCUUCUAAUCAUGUGACCAAGGAGGAUCGCUGCGAGCCGAUACGAACUCAACCUCACACCGAUAAAAGCCCAAACGGAGCACCGGUGGACCGCACCGCCAUCUACCCGGGUGUCAGUAACGCGGGCACCACCUGCAAAUGCACGUGCACCAAUGUCGGGAGAACGACGCCAGCGUCGGCGGCACCGGCGACCCAGCAGCCGUCCACGCCGGUUUCGCAGAAGAUGCAGCGAAAGUUGAGGUCCAGCUUGUCCAUGGACAGCGACAGCAGCCGACGCAGCAAGGGAAGCUCCAUGGGGUCGCAGAAACCGCCUUUACCUGAAGACUGCUGCGUCCACUGCAUUUUGGCGUGCCUCUUCUGCGAGUUCCUGACGCUCUGCAACAUGGUGGUGGCGCCGGCCUCCUGCGGCCCGUGCGCGUCCGAGGCGUGCUGCUGCUGCUGCUGCUGCGCCGAGGACAUGGGCGAGGACUGCUGCAACUGCUCUUGCGACAUGGACUGCGGCAUCAUGGACGCCUGCUGCGAGUCGUCGGAUUGCUUGGAGAUCUGCAUGGAGUGCUGCGGCAUCUGCUUCCCCUCGUAGGGAAACCCAAAACUGCCAAACUGGAGCCAGCUGGAUGGAAACUGUAUAAUGCGUGUGAUAGUGGUAUGAUUGUGUACUUUCACUGACACUGGGCCUCACCAAAAGUAGAAGUAACUCCAGAUACACUAGUUCUAAAAAAAACAUAGUCUGUCCUCUCACUAUGAAGUAUGUUCUUAUACACUCCUGAACAAAAUCCAAGGACCUUUGCUUUUAAAAAUCAACAUGUGGUGGUUCCUCUCUUUAAGAAGGGGAACCGGAGGGUGUGUUCUAACUAUCGUGGGAUCACACUCCUCAGCCUUCCCGGUAAGGUCUAUUCAGGUGUACUGGAGAGGAGGCUACGCCGGAUAGUCGAACCUCGGAUUCAGGAGGAACA